AUGAUAGCAAAUGGGGUGAUACGUCUGACGAGAAAAAUGAAGAAGAAGGAAGAAAAACAACAGCAAUCAAUUACAUCAGAUAUUGAGGAUAACGACGAAGUAGAAGAACAAGAUCAGGAGAAGGAUUAUACUGAAGAUAAAUCAAAUAACAACUUAAGAACAAUAUAUGAAAAUCUUAUUGUUUCAAAAGAAGACUGUGUAAACCAUGUUAAAACACGCGUUAUUGCAGAUUUAUUAAAAGUUAAAGCUGUUUACUCUCAUUUUGAAAUAGUAGAUGGGAAAAGGAGAAAGAAACGUUAUGGUAAACCCUAUGAUGGAUCCAAUGGUAGAAUGACAACAAAAAUGAUGAAUAAAAUAUCCAAUUAUUAUGGUCGUGCUAUUCAUGAUGCCAGUAGAGAAGUUCUUGAUGAAAAACGAAUAUUAAGAGCCGAACGAUCAAUUUCACAACGUGAUACUAUACUCAAAGAAAAAAGUAAAAAACGACCUCAAGCGAUACAAUCUAUGGCAGAUAAAACAGAAUACGGUAGUGGUGAAUAUUAA